AUGGCGGGGGUGAUCGCCCAGCUGCCUGGUGGCACCUCUCGUUUCGUCCCAGUGGAGCCAUCGCUUCUCGGAGGCCCUUUGGACACCGCAGAGCUUCUUCGGCACUUCCUUGACGCGGAGCUUUUUGCGAGGAGGUCGGCCUCCACCUCCAGCGACGAUGACGUGGAGGAGCUCGCAUCGGCCUUCGGCCACCUCGACCUCGAGGAAUCCAUCGAAGUGGAGGAGUACCGCGUACUUUAUCAGGGUCGGGAUCUGGAGUGCGAGAAGACGGCCGCGCAAUUUCUGGAGUCUCUUGAAGAUGGACGGCCUUGCUUCGUUCGGAUAUCUUUUCGUCUUCUGGGUGGUAAGGGCGGCUUCGGGUCCUUGCUACGCUCACAAAAGGGAGGCAAGAAGACGACAAACUUCGAUGCCAUGCGCGACCUGAACGGUCGAAGGGUUCGGCAUGUGAAAGCAGUCGAAAGAAUCAAGGAGUGGCUGGAGAAGAAGAAGAGAGAAGAUGAGCUGGUGAACCUGCUCACAGGCGAGGGCCCGGAGCUGCCAAAGCCGACUCCAGAAUCCGAGAGCCUGGAUCCGGAGUUCGUGCGCAAGCUGAAGCGCUCAGCCCAGAAGUCCUCCUUGGUCAGCGAAGGAAUCCAGCGCUGGAUCAGCGAGAAGGACACAGAAUCCGAGGAUCCGAAGCGGCCCCGUACCGAGGAGCCUAGCGCCAGCAGCUCUGCUGGGCCCGCCAGCGCUUCCAGCGCUGUCGGGGCAGCAGUGGACAAAGAGGAAGACGAGGACGCUGAUGACGACGAUGGCGUGGAUUGGAUGGGUGCCAUGAGUGCGCUGCAAGGCCUCAGCAGUCCAGAGCCGGAAGAGGAGGGUGCGUCCUCGGGAGCCAAGCGCUCCGACUGA